AGUAGGAGAGCCAUUGCUUCCAAGUCAAUGAUAAUUUUUUGUCUUUAUCUCUGCGGUUUUGGGUGGCGUGUUGUGUGUUGUACGCUUCCUAGUUCCUACACUGUGCAGUGUGCACUUGUGCAGCAGUGUUGUCAUGGACGUACAGCGGUUUUGCAGUGUUAGAUAACGCUAAUGUGUGAAUCUGUUGUCUAAAAAAGAUAAUGGCUGCAAAAUUAUCCGCCACCCGACCCGCUCCACCAAAACCUAUUCCUAAACCCGGAAAGGUGAAGGUUGUGAGAGCACUGUACAAUUACACAGCACAAUUAACAGAUGAACUAUCCUUUCAAGAAGGUGAUUUGCUGUAUGUGUUUGACCAAGUGACAGACCCAAAUUGGUGGAAAGCCCGGUGUGGGAAUAGAACUGGUCUUAUCCCCAGCAAUUAUGUGGAAAGCCAGACAGAAGAAGUGGAAAUGCCACUGCAUGAAGCAGCUCGGCGGGGCAAUCUUAGUUUUCUGCAAGAAUGUUUAAGACAAGGUGUAUCUGGCACAGGAUUGGAUAGUGCUGGUAACACACCUUUAUACUGGGCAAGCCAUGGUGGCCAUAUUGACUGUGUAAAGGAACUUAUAUCAUUACCAAAUCAAAUAAUCGAUGCUCAGAAUAAAGUUGGUGACACUGCGCUGCACGUAGCUGCUGCCCGUGGACAUACUGAAGUUGUGGAGAUUCUGUUAGAAAAGGGGGCAAAUGCUGAUUUGUGCAACAAAGAUGACCAGACACCACUGGAUCUUGCUAUGAAUCCUGCUCUAAGGAACAUCAUUCAGUUGAAUAAAACACAUCGCACAAACAAUCAUUUAACUUGCUACAGUGCAGAGGACUAUGCUGAUGAUUCAGAUUGAAACUGCAUGCUGCUCUUCUUUUGUUGCUGUGAUAUUGUAAACACCAAACAAGUAAGAUAUCAGAGGACUAUCUGAGCCAGUAGUUAAACAUUCCAAUAUUUAUAUAAAAAUGGGGGAAGAACAAUAUUAAAAGAUGUGUACAAUAGUUUAAAAUGCAUUGUACUCCUGUAUUAAAAAUGGAUAAAAUAAUUCAGUAACAAUUUGUUGGUUGUAACCGAAAGAAAAAGUAUAUUUUAUUUUGUAAUAUUUGUUACCAAAGUAAUAGGUUUUGAAAAUACAUUGGAUAAAAUGUAAAGUUACCCAAGAUACUGCAAGUUAAUGACAAACUUUAGAAUAGCUUUAAUGACUGAUGUGCAAGAGUAACUUAUUUCUAGUGACUGGCUGUUCUGCCCCAGUCUUGAGAUUGGCAUCUACAGCUAACAGAAAUGGAGACGCUCAACUACCAAGCAAUCUAGGGUGUCUCUAAGGUCAUGCUACCAUGAUCCUUUGUGAGUUCAGGGUGCCCAUUUCUUCUGUUUACCUGUUCAGCUCGAGCCAAAUUAAAUCAGUGGAAUGCCACAUUGAAGAUUUUUCACAAACAUGUUACUCUUUUUUACAGUUUGUUAGAAUUAAAUGUCAGUUAAUGGCUUAUUGGUGUUAAAAGUCCUUCACAUCUUCAUUAAGAUAAAAAUUAAAGUCUGAAAAUCGGGCAGUACAGAAGUGGGAGGAGUUUCAUAUCCAACUAUGUUAGAAUAAAUAAAUAAAUCCAGCUUUGCAUUUGUAAAAGAUUCUUGGACUUUCAUAUUAAUUUCCUAGAAGUAUGUUCUGAAAUAUUCGAUGUUAUAUAUGUAUAAGAGCGCUCACUCUCAAGAGUGACUUUGUUAGAUUUUGUGACAUCAUUAUAACAAAUGUUCACCCCUGGUAGCUAAUCGGUCAGCAUGACGGAAUGUCAUACCUAAUGGCCCGGGUUCGAUUCCUGGCUGGGUCGGAGAUUUUCUCUGCUCAGGGACUGGGUGUUGUGUUGUCCUUAUCAUCAUUUCAUCCCCAUUGAUGCACAAGUC